UAUAAUAUACUUACGCGUGUACCGUUAUCGGCCUCGGGCUACGAUCAUCCGACUCGCGCGCGUAUCGGCGCCGUUCAAUCGGUCGCACGGCCAUAUACAUUGUAUAAUAUAUACAACGACACACACGUCUCCGGUCACUAGCCAGCCGAAAUACUCGAGUGACGUCGUUCGCGUGUGGAUAGCAGUCGCGUCGCCACCAUGGCCGGGCUAGGCGACACGUCGGGCGACAUACAGCCGAUGACCGAUCACGCCAAGGACAUACUGCAGAUGACCCGCGACUCGGAGAUGAUGCAGAGCUACGUUCGGGUGGGCAAGUCGGACGAGUCGGACGACUGCGGCGGUGGUGGAGGCGGUGGCAGCGAGGGGAACGGUGUGUGCGUCGGCGUGGUCGGAGGUGGCGUCGGCCGAGGCGAAUCGGACUCGGACGAUGUGGCCGGAGUGACGGGUUACGUGGUCGGCGUCAGUGCGGGCGGGGGCAACGGCCACGGUGGGUCGGGCGCCGGGCGGCCCGGCCGAAAGGGCUGCAGGGUGGUCGCUGGUCGACGUCAUGGGAGGCGUAGGGGUGGUGGUGUUGGUGGGGCUGCUACUGGAGGUGGUGGUGGUGGUGGAGGUGGAGGUUCCUUUGGAGGCGGUGGCGGCGGUGCAACCACGACGUUCGACGAGCUGACCGAAGAGUUCAAGACACGCAAAUCUGGCACAGGCGGCGGAGGAGGCGUCGGUGGCGGUGGUGGUGGAGGUGGUAGUGGAGGCGGUGGUUUCGGUGGAGGCUGGGCCAAGCGGCACAAGCGCGACUCUCGGUCCAGGCUACUCGAAGAGGUGUACACGGACAAGGACCGAGCGGCCGCUGUUAACCUAGGCACGCGUGACAUCAAAGCAUCGUUGCGUAUGAAACGGCGACAGGACCGGAACCGGACGCUGCACAUACCGUCCACGGCCGAGUCACCCACCCUGUUGGCGUUGGCCCGGCACUGCGUCAACGACGUGAGAGUGUCGCUCGAGUUCAUCGACAAGGCAUUGGAAUUAAGCCCGAAUGACAAAACGGCUUUGGUAUCUAGAAGCAAGUGUUAUUUACUUCUCGGCCAACCACGUUUGGCAUUAAAAGACGCUGAAGUGGCUUUGAACGAGGAUAGUACAUAUCUGAAAGCCAUAUAUCAGAAAGCGGAAGCACUGUACCAUCUCGGCGAUUUCGAACACAGUCUCGUGUUUUACCACAGAGGACUCCACGUUCGACCGGAACUCGAACAAUUCAGGCUGGGCGUGCAAAAAGCCAGAGAGGCCAUCGAGAAUGCCAUUGGAAAAAUGAAGGUCACCGCCGCCGCCAUACAACAGGUCGGCUGGGCAGACAAACGUCAAGCGACCGCAGGCGGAACAAUCAAUGUGGCCGGCGGUGGGGUCGGCGGGAGUAGAGGUUCGACACCCGCCGUGACGGGAUCGUCAACUAGGCGAAAAGACGCAGCGGCGUCGACAGCCACCACCAAAAGCCAAUCGAAAAUGUUGCUCAGAGAAUUGUGCGUAGACAAGGACUAUCUGGAACACUUGACUAUAGAUCCAAAUAUCAUGAGUGCUAUUCAAGAAAACGACAACUAUAUACUGUCUGAAGCGAAAGAUGGCAUUAGUUUUCUAAACGGCCGAGAAGAAUUCUGGAAACAACAAAAACUUAUUAAUUAGAUUAAUUAUAUACUUAAAAUGAAAUUUAUUGAAUUCAGGUAUACAUUGUACAGUUUAGAUAGGACAUUUUUGAUGAAAUUAGUAGGUACCCACAUAUAACUAGUCAUAAAUGUAAUAGUAAAUAAAUUAAUUUGAUGUAUUGAGUAGUUUCUUUUUAGUUUUUUUAGUUUUAGAUUUAAUCGGAGAGAAGAAUAUAGUCGUGGCUAGUGCCUAUAAUGAAAUAGUAUUAAGUAUCCUUAAAAUUACAACAUACAAUUUUUUUUAAAUUUAUUCAGUUGUUAUUAAUAAUUACCAUUAAAAGAAGGACUGAGCGGUUAGUCUUUAUCGUGUCAGAUAUUACAAACUUAUCUUAAACGUAAAUAAUCGUAGACAAAUGUUUAUCUUUACUUUUUUCUUAAUCAAUAAUAUAAUACUUUUGCAAAGGUGUGGAUGCGUCGUUGCGGGUGUGGCGAUACAUGUGUUCCGACCACACCUGCCUAAAUACGUUCUUAGCUGACGCUUAGCGUCAGAAGGUAUAAGGAAGCGAAAGGUUUUAAAUAUUAUAAAUUUUUCAAACCCAUUUU